ACACAACCCUUCAAACAAACCCAACUCACACUUCUCUUUUCUUGCACCAUUUUUAGUGUAAAAAAAAAAAAGGCACAACAACAACAAACAAAACAAGCCUUGUUCUACUACUGCAUCCUCUCUCCGUCUCUCUCUUUUUUCCUGGUUGUACAACCCAAAAGCAAGAAAGAAGAAGAAAAACAUGGAUGGAAGCUGCAUAGAUGAAAGCACAACUAGUGGUGAUUCCAUUUCCAUUUCUCCAUCAAAUCUUUCACCUUUGCCUCCCGCUACCAAAUCUCCUGACUCUCUCUGCCGAGUUGGGAGUGGAGCCAGCGUGAUUGUGGAUUCUGAAGCUGGGGUCGAAGCUGAAUCGAGAAAGCUCCCUUCUUCCAAGUACAAAGGCGUUGUUCCUCAACCCAACGGCCGAUGGGGUGCUCAGAUAUACGAGAAACACCAGCGUGUCUGGCUUGGAACCUUCAAUGAAGAAGACGAGGCUGCCAAAGCCUAUGACAUAGCUGCACAAAAGUUCCGGGGUCGUGAUGCCGUGACUAACUUCAAACACCUCCGAGAAACCGAAGAGGACGACAUCGAAAUGGCCUUCCUCAAUUCACAUUCCAAGUCUGAAAUCGUUGACAUGUUGCGUAAGCAUACUUACAAUGAUGAGCUUGAGCAGAGUCGGAGAAGCUAUGGCUUCGACGGGAAUGGGAAACGUGUGGUCAGACACGACGGUGGAUUCGGUUCCUUUGGUCUCGAGCUGAAAGCGCGUGAACAGCUGUUCGAAAAAGCUGUGACCCCAAGCGAUGUGGGCAAGUUGAACCGACUUGUUAUACCUAAGCAGCAUGCGGAGAAGUACUUCCCUUUGCAAAGCGGAAGUGCUUCUUCCAAAGGAGUUCUGUUGAAUUUCGAAGACGUGACUGGCAAAGUCUGGAGGUUCAGGUAUUCAUAUUGGAACAGUAGCCAAAGUUAUGUCUUAACAAAAGGAUGGAGCCGGUUCGUUAAGGAGAAGAACCUUAAAGCCGGUGACAUUGUUAGCUUCCAGAGAUCAACAGGGCUGGAGAAGCAGCUUUACAUUGACUGGAAGACAAGAACAGGGUUGGGUUCGGGGUUGGAGAACCCGGUUGGGCCGGUUCAAAUGGUCAGGCUCUUCGGGGUCAACAUAUUUAAAAUACCUGGAAGUGAAAAUGUUGGUAUCGUUGGAUGUAUUGGGAAAAGGACUAGAGAAAUGGAGCUGUUGGAAUUGGAGUGUAGCAAGAAACAAAGGGUAAUCGAUGCUUUGUAACAUUUCCUAGUUUUCCUUUCUUUUGUAACUUUUUUGGGAAUUUUGUGAAUGUUAAGAGGGCGUAGGAAGGGAAAAGCAAAGGGAAAGGGGACGUGGGGAGGUGUAGUUGCAAGUUGUAAAAGUUGAAUUGUAUAUUACAAGACAAAAAGCUGAAGAAAGCUGAAAUUAGGUGUAAUACAUUUCUUCCGAGAAAAAGAAGGGGAAAACAAAACAAAACAAAAAAAAUUUGAAUAUGGAUAACUGUCUAUUUGUUCUGUUCACCCUUUUUGUACUGUUUUAAUAUUGAUCUCAUGUUAGCUCCUA